CUUCUUUCAGUAUCUCCCUUAUAUUCAGUAGUUACUCGCUUAUUUCAGUUUAUCGAAUAUGUAUUACAAACGUAUCUACUCCGAAAAUGUUAUCCUCGUCAACUACAUGGUCUUCAUCUUCUGCUGCUCCAUGCGUGAAGAAGAGCAGGAGGAGGAUGAAUUUUGUGGGUUCGAUCUCUGCUUUCCAGGUGUUGGUUUCCGCAGCUCGAGUCGAAGGCUCAGCGGCGGUUGCUGACUCUCCUCCUCACGCGGAUCUUCAAUUCGAUGUCGACAGCAGAGAUUGCAUUGCCGAAGUAGUCGACCUCGAAAGAGAACUGCAUCAAGUAGAUCUUGAGGCCGGAAUUGCACGACCUGGUAUAUCGGGCGUAUCAGCGACACCUCCUCCUCCACGACCACAACGGGAUAGACGUAGAGGCAGAGCACCUCCAUUGCUCCCUAUUGAUGAGGCGGAGCGGGAGAUUAUUGCGUCGCCACGCUGGGGGCCACAUCGUGGACAACCUACCACUUGGAUUACACGACCAGGAGCAUCAUCUUCUUCACGAGGUGGAACCGGUAGAUCUACUUCGGGUUUAGAUACUGAUGUUCUACCACGUUAAGGUCAACAUUUAGUGUCCAUCUUUCUCGGCAUCUUGGUAUCCUUUUCCCUUGUAUUCUCAUGAAAUACAAGGUACAAGGGGUCAAGAUGAGGGGGCCGAGAUGCAAUCUAGCAGACUCUAACCACGAAUCACUCACAGGGAGCGGAAUGAUGGCGCUUCAGGAGCAGGGCCACGAGCUAGUACCUACGGACGUAAGUUCAUGCAAGAGGAAGAACAGGAACAGGAUCGAGAUGCGUUAAUACGGCAAGACGCAAAUAGAAGUAGCACGGUUGUACCAGGUAAUCAAGAAGUGCAAGUGCAACGAGCUGCAAUUAGACGAGCAGCAGGACUCCGAGGACAUACUAUCCGAGGAGCCCAAGAGGUAGAGCCACCGGUUGUUCAGUUUCAACCAGUGAUUGAGCGUCCGUUUGAGAGUUGCACACUCUGCUUAUGCAGCAAAGAGGAUUGCGAGGAAGAGGGCCAGAGUACGGAGCCAACUCGCGCUAGUCCCUUGUAUGCGUGUGGACAUGCGGGGCUUUGUCCGGAGUGUGUCAAGGAUGAAAGCGCGUGGCUGGUGAAACCGAUGCGGCGAUGUCCCACAUGUCGUGCGCCACCGACGUUACUGUGGUCUUUGAUACAAAAGUCGGAUCAAAAAGUUGACCUUAAUAGCUACGGAAGUGACGACCUGAAAGACCACGAAAUUAGACUUAGACACCAGGAAGAGCAACAGCAGUCAAGAACAAUUGGUCCACCCCGACAAGAACCUCCUCGCACUGCAAUUGGUGCAGAAGGAGUUGUACUAGAACGUAAUACUAGUAGAGGUUCUGGACAUGAUGAGCCCUCAUCCUCAACGUCAAGAAGCAGGGGAGGAGGAUUCUUGCAAAGGACCAGCACACUAGGUCCUAGCACGGGAGGAUAUCGGACAGAAAUUAGCCCGGAAAGUGACAGCGGUACAACUUUCUAGAACAGAUGAUGACUCAAUAAUUCCACAGUCUACAUAUUCGACAUGUUCGUGAAUAUGUAUUUUCCUAGUGCUGGGUUAGCUCGUGGUCCCACCAAGUGUGGCGGCUCGGCGGCGGCACCCUAUCCUAUCCUAUCCUAUCCUAUCCUAUCCUAUCCUAUCCUAUCCUAGCUCUUAGUCUCUUGAUUACUCGCCGUCUAGUCCACACACAUUAUUAUCUCACCUUUUUUGUUAUUUACUCCUUCUUCUGCUAUUGUCAAUUUUUUUAGUAUACCUUUUCUCUGAACCACAUAUUUAUUACACAAGACUUAAUUUUAACAUCCAUACUAACCCACACCUUCAAUUCACAAACAAACCAUUUGGGAAAUACACAAAAAACGACCUCCAGCCGCAAAGCAGCCUCUCUUCCUGUGAGCAGGAUCUUUUUUCAUCUCGCGUGAAAUGUUUUUUUCAACUAUCUAAGGUUAACAAGCCUAUUUGAUACACAUGAUUUGCAUCGACCACAGUAACAAUUUAAGACCUACUCUCUCACUAGGUUCGCCACCGGAUUUAGAACGUGGAGACGAAGCAGCAAUAGUGCACGACAACCAGCGACCACAUACCGCAACUGCUAAUAUGAUUGUUGCUCUUGAUGAUGUUGUCGAGAAUGAUGAUCUCCACGCAGAAUAUCAGCUUCCCGCAGAAGAAGAUCUUCAACAGAGUGAGGCACAAGGACCCCCAAAAAAGCAAGAGGAUCUCGCAGUACUCCAGCUUGCGAGAGAUUUGGCACGAAAGCUGUGCCUUAAAAUGGAUCCUCAAGCUGCACAAGAGGCUACAGGAACGCCACAGGGAGCAACGCCACAGGGAGCAACGCCACAGGGAGCAACGCCACAGGGAGCAACGCCACAGGGAGCAACGCCACAGGGACAGGCUCAGCGUCGACCUCAGCGUAUUUUUCCAGUACUGGCACACCGUGGUUGGCGGUUACAAUUACAUCACCAGCAGGCGGCUACAUUAGGGCAUCCACAAAUAUCCAUCACUUCUAGAAGAGCUUGAUCUUGGUAGAUCUUGAUCUCGGUCCUCCCGUUUAUUUCUGCAGGAAUAGUAAACGGUGACCACGUCGUCCGUUUAUAUUGAAGGGAAAUAUACGGGGAUCAAGGUAGAUGCUCGUGGUCUUGAAGAUGGUGGUUUUCUGCGGUGCCUCUUCUAACUGCAGCGCCUGCCGACCCAAGUGGAAGUCGCAUUGGUGAGGCGUUACUCAGUGGGAACAAUAUUGAUAUGCCGGACCGUUUUUUGUGGGCCAUCUAUGCUGCGUCCUUUUUACGACCAGAGUGCCGCUGCCCAGAGCACCACUCAACUGUUUUCAAAGAACAAGUUCAGCGAGACGCGGAACAAGGCGAAGAAAUAG